CGGCACACACGCUAGCGUCACGGCUGCGUCACGCGUGUCGGUGGUGUCGUGUUUUUGUUUGCUCACCGUCCGUCCCCGGCAAUCCGAUGAGUUCGAGGAGGUGGUGAAAUGACAGUGCACAACGGUGGGCACCGGAGCAGGAGGACAACCAGGAGCAGCAGCAGCUGAUUUGCUGCAUCAUAUACUGCUGGCGCGCGCCUUAUCGGUCCGCGAUUGGCAGCUCGCGUGACACCGCGGAUCGAACACCCGAAGGGCACGGACGGGCGCCACAAGAGUGUGAAUUCGGUCACAAAUCGGUCGCACGUGUGUGUGUGUGCGUUGUGGUGCGAUUUUUCGGAACCCCAAACCGUUUUGGGGUGAACAUUUUAACACCUGUACUGAAGUGCAACGAGAUGACCGAGAACCGGAAUCGGGCCGGCCAUGUGCUCGUGUGGGAGCAGGCCGAGAUGGCCACGGACGAAGGCAUCAGACCGGCAAGGCGCUUUGGAUCACGCCAUUACAUCGUGUUCAUGCUGUUCCUCGGCAUGGCGAACGCGUACGUAAUGCGAACCAACAUGUCGGUCGCGAUCGUGGCGAUGGUCAACCAGACGGCGAUCGAGAAGGACCCGGACGUUGAGGACGACGAGUGCCCGGACACGGACUACGGCGAGGAGGACACCUCGCACGACGACGGCGAGUUCGUGUGGAGCACCAGCAUGCAGGGCUACAUCCUGUCGUCGUUCUUCUACGGCUACGUCAUUACGCAGAUCCCGUUCGGCCUCCUGGCCAAGCGGUACGGCGCGAUGCGCUUCCUCGGCUGGGGCAUGCUGAUCAACUCGGUGUUUGCGUUCGUCGUGCCGGUGGCCGCCCGGAACGGCGGGGCCGGCUGGCUGAUCGUGGUGCGCUUCAUCCAGGGCCUCGGCGAGGGCCCGAUCGUGCCGUGUACGCACGCCAUGCUGGCCAAGUGGAUUCCUCCGAACGAGCGGUCACGAGUGGGUGCGAUCGUGUACUCGGGCGCCCAGUUCGGGACGGUGAUAUCGAUGCCACUGUCGGGGUUGCUGGCCGACCACGGGUUCGACGGCGGGUGGCCGUCGAUCUUCUACAUCUUUGGCAUCAUCGGUACGGUUUGGUCGGUUGCGUUUCUGUUUACGUGCCACGAGGACCCGAUCACGCAUCCGCGGAUCCGGGAGGACGAGAAAAAGUACAUCCAGCAGUCGCUGUGGGGCAACGCGUCCAUUCACAUUCCACCGAUCCCCUGGACGAGCAUCGCCAAGUCGUUGCCGUUCUACGCGAUCCUGCUGGCGCAUCUGGGCCAGAACUAUGGCUACGAGACGCUGAUGACGGAGCUGCCCACCUACAUGAAGCAGGUGUUGCGCUUCUCGAUCAAAACGAACGGUGUCCUGUCCGCACUGCCCUACCUGGCGAUGUGGCUGUUCUCGAUCGUGGUCGGGUGGGUGGCCGACUGGAUGCUGACGUCGGGCCGCGUCAACCACACCUGGACGCGCAAGAUCUCGAACAGCAUCGGUCAGUACGGGCCGGCCAUCGCCCUGAUCGUGGCCUCGUACACCGGUUGCAACCGUGCGUUGACCGUCGCCAUCCUCACGAUCGGCGUCGGGCUGAACGGUGGUAUCUAUGCCGGCUUCAAGAUCAACCACCUCGACCUGACGCCCCGGUACGCGGGCGUACUGAUGGCGUUCACCAACUGCGCGGCCAAUCUGGCCGGUCUGCUCGCCCCGAUCGCGGCCGGUAACAUUAUCGAGGGCAAUCCGUCGAUCGCCCAGUGGCGGAUCGUGUUCGUGAUCGCGGCCGCCGUCUACAUCUUCACCGCCACGUUCUACAACCUGUUCGGGUCGGGCGCCCGACAGUUCUGGGACGACCCGGAGAACGACGAGCCGCAGAAGCCCUCGAUCGAGGCGCCCGCCUACACGCCCGACAGUAAUGGCACCACCACCAACGGAUCGCUGCCGGCGUCACCCCCCACGACGACGACGGCGACCACGCUCACCCACCGGACGUCGCUGGUGAACGAGCAGCAGUCGUAAGGGACCCGUGUGGACGGACGGCAACGGAUUAGGCUAGGCUGUUUGUAAUAUGCGUUUGUUUUGUUGUUAAAUUUAGCGUUAUAACACUGGAACCCGGCGGAGGGCCGGCCGAUCCAUUAUACCAAAACAUAUCGACACGCGACAGGGUGGUGCGCCCCUUGUGUAUUACGUGUAAGCAGUUACGUUCCAUCAUUGGUCAUCCGCGGCGCAGGUACAACGCAUGCGGUUGUAUUUGUUCCACCUAAUCAGCGCUCGAUCGCAGCGAUCGAGCAGCAUUCGAUUGAAACGGAUGUUUCUUUAUGCCUUUGGUGCAAAAUUGCGAUUUCCAUUCGUUCGAUUCCUUUCCUUGACAGUUUCGAAAUUCUGUUUUUGGAUUUCUUCAGCCAAUUCCCAGUUCACUGCGGUUUGGCAGUCCCUUUUUCUCAAAAUCUAUUUUUUUAUUUUCUUGGUUGGUUAAUUAUUAUACUUUGUUUGUUAACAUUACGGUACGAUUUGUAUUUAUAUGCUUUAGAUUUGCUGUCACACCCCAGUCAACGCCGAGGUGCGUAGACGGUAGUGAUGAUGAUAUUCUUCUAGCGCGUCGAGCUCAAAACUGUGUAAAUAUUCGAUAGCGACUAACGAUCGAGAACAGACUACCACUAAUAGGCCAUAGUUUCUUGCUGCCUGCGCGCCACAGAUAGGGCGUCGUAUAGGGCGUACGGUGAAGUACUUCAAUCUUCACCCGAACGGUUGUGAAAACGCGUACAUGCGCGUGUAACGGUGUUCCGAGCGAGCGGCGGCAACGGCGGCAGGCGAUAGGUUAUAGAACGCGAGAACGUGAGAUCGAACGAACGCGAGGUUGUUGCUUGGUUCAAGCGAAGCGUGUGUGAAUGCGUGGACAGAGUGGAAGCAAGAAGCGAGAAAGUUGCGACAGAAAGUAAGACAAAAAAAGGUGCGAAUCGAAAUCAUAAAAGACACCACCCCCGUCAUAAGUGGCUCCCGCGAAAAAAACAAAAGACGCCCCAAUGGCGCACAGAUAUCUAGAAAAAGCCAUCCCCCCAUUCGACUCAAAUCCCCGGCACCCGACAUCGACAUCAAUCUCCUUAUUUUUUACGGUGCACAAACACGGAGCGACAAGAUGAUAAUAAAACGAUAAUAAUAAAAUUGAUACAAAGCCAACACAACGCAAUCAAGAACGGUGUGUGUUGUCGGCGA